AUGCUGCCUCCCGGGGAUUCCAGAGGUUGUCGGGUCUGCCCAAGGCCGCUUGUGCGCUACUGUGGCAGAUUUCUUUCAUUUAUCAUCUGCGUGUUCGCCUUCCUGAAUUUAGCACUCUCUCAAGAUCAAAUAGAGUCUUCCAGUAGUGUAAGCGAGCCUCAUGCCGCUUCAUCCGGCCAAGCUGUUGCAGCGGCCAUUUCCACUGUCCCCAAUGUUGUCUCCCCCAAACCUGAUACUGAGGCGUUGGAUAAUCGUCAAGAAGUUCCCGCCCUGUCUUCUCCUACUGCUGAUGAGGCUGACCAAGGCAAUUCGUCAACUUCCGCGUCAACCUCAGUGGAUGAUUCCGUUGGUGAUUUGCCAUCAAGCGCAGCUUUGCGUGGAUCAGUCCCAGAGGACCCCGUUUCCUCAGCACCAGAGCCUCCUGAGCAGCAGCUAAGUCAAAGUACCUCUAUCCCACAGUUUUCGCCUAUGACAGUUACCAUCGUUGUUGGGGCGGGUGAGACUGUGCGUGACUGCACAGAGGAGCUUCCAUCCCAGAGUUUCCUGAUGAGUGUCGCCAGACGCUUUCAGCAGCUCCAGCUUCUCCCCCUGCUAGCAGCCUUUGGUCAGCAGAGCAUGAAAGUGGUGACGAACCGCGUACAUUCCUCUACUCCAUUGGUAUCUACUGCUCCUCGGCUCCUGCAGGCGGAUUCCCUAUUACUGUUCCGCGAUAGCUCAGCGAGAGAACGUUCCCAACAAACGAUGCUAGUAGAAGUAGCUUCACGAACACCCAUGUUCCCUCAGUUUGUGUGGCAAGGUGGCUCGGCGUUCAAGGCUCGGAAUGCAGCCGUACAACCGAAUCUCGCUUUGUGGUCUAACCAGUUGUUUGCACCCUCUCGCCAAUCACGCCUGACGGAGCGGGCUGGCUCACAAAGCCAGCCCGUCUUCGUGCCGCAACGCGUCCAAUCAACUCUCUUAGAGGGACUUCAGGAGCAACCACACUAUGUGGAGUCGAAUGGAACAGCUCCUCAGCUUGGAGGUUCCUUUUUGGGAAGUAUUCUGCAUGCCCUUGAAGGCUCUCCCAUUCGAGUUAAUUUAGGAGACAUGGCAUGCGCAGCACUUCCUACAUCUGCCUUGAAUAGAAGACUCUCCUGCUGGCUUCUGGGGGCAUUUACUGAACGUAUCCUUUGCCGCACUGCCUGGUUCGACCCUUGCCAGGCGAUAAGUGAAGAAACAGCCCACGGGAAGCCCCCCUUAUCGCCCGUAGUGUUGCCUCCAGGCGGAGCUAGUACCCUUUCUCUUCCGCUGAAGCGUUUACUGCAUCGGACACGAGGCAUUCCUAAGAAGAUCCCCAAAGACAUUAUCAGAGAGGAAGGGGCUACCUACCAGUUACUGUGGCAAGCACUUACUCGUCUGGAUGACAUGUGGGCACUCGCCUACUGCGGUCGUGAACUACCGCCAGGAAGCGCUGUACCAGCGACUACAAGUACGCGCCCACCUGCAAGUGAAGAGCGGGGGCGACGCCUGCAGCAACAAACGCAAAGCCAGCCGCAACCAGAAGAGGCACCUCAAGACAGCGGGGAAGAGAAAGAACAAGAUGAGGGGGAAAUCCAAACUCAACCACCAGUGCCCUUUCCACUUUGGGGAGGCUCCUCUCUUCCUGGCCAGAGAGAGAUUCCAUCCCCUACUCUGUGGAAUUUAGGGACGCCAGUAAAGCCUGUACCUGAUGCUGCCGCCGCUGCUGAGGAGUCAGGAACUGGGGAGCCGCCACAAUCUCCUGAGGCACUAACGGGACCGCUUGCCUCUUCCUUGUGGCCGCUCCAAAGCCGCCCUUCUCAGUCCUCGGGAGGAAGGGAACAAGCAACAGGACCGAAAAGCACGCACACCAGCCCGUCAGCAGGCAUUUCACUAAAAGAUAAUGAGGCAAAAGCAACGCGGAAGCGAGGGUCUCCCAAAGUGUUACCUGACGGAGUGCCCCAUCUGCAAGGUCAGGACCUUCUGCCAGGAUGGCGAACGGAGCUAGUCUUGAAGGCUCUUUCCCCUGGUGUGGGAAACAGAACCAAUGUCUUGGCUGUUGCUGGACGAAGGGGAACGGAAGUUCUGAUUGCAUUCAGAGGCACAAAGACACAAGUAGAGUGGAUUUUGAACGGUCAGGCAGAGCACGCGUUUAACUGGUUGGAAGAAGGAGAAGGACGGACAGCUGCCGGCUUCUCUCACAUCUUUAGUGCAGCAUGGCCAGCUCUACAGGUAUAUCUUGCCUCAGUAGACAGGCCUGAGACACCCCUGAGCCGGAUCUUAAUAACGGGGUACUCUCUAGGAGGCGCAGUGGCAGCUCUUAUGGCCUAUGGCAUUGCCUUGAACUAUCCCACGAAAGUUGAUGCAGUUAUAUUUGGGGCACCACGUACUGGGGACAGUGCAUUCACCGCUGCUUGGGCUAAGAGAGUUAACGGACGAAACGUUGCAUUCACUCUAGAUCCCAUCCCCCGAACGCCUUGCAAAGAGAUGCCCGCAUGUGACAGGCCAGGUACCAGGGGUCCAUUGACCCUUCCCCAAAACUUCCUAAGACUAGCAACCCACUCUCCCAGAAGGAACGGAGCCAGCGGAAGGCCUGAAGGCACCAGCACAACGAACGGCUACGGGGAUUUCCUUGGCCUUGUCUCGUUCGGACCAGAGGAGCUUGGGGUCUCGACACGCAACAGAAUUAGUCCCAUUUACGUUAGUUACAAUCACAUCUGCUCCUACCCAUGUUGGCUAGCCUCGAAUUUCAACCCUGGAGAACGCCGCACACUCUGCCAACUGCCAGAUUUCUCCAAUCAGUGGGAUCCUGCCCUCUCACCGGACACGUGUCCCGCUCUUCUGUCUUGA